AUCACCAGACUUGUCGCGUACAACGACCCGACAUCCUGCAGAUGCGUGUGGGGAACCUCUCCCCAUAUACGGCUGACUGGGUUUAGUAUGUCGAUACGCACCUAUAACCUGCCUUUGACCCCAAUUCACCCUUCAAAGUCGCGUCCUUGACGUAGUCCAAGUCGAUCACUUCAUGCUCUCAAGGUUCACUUCUUGGUCACGUCCAGUUCUAACACGAGGCUUAGCUUCAGCUUCUCGUGGGCGUUCGGCCAUUCUCGAGAAGAAACCUGACGAUGUUGUUGUCACGUUUGCGAAGCGGACUGCGAUGGCCAGGGCUAAGAAGGGACAGCUGAAGGAUGUUCCUGUUGAUGAGCUGAUGCACGCGUUGUUCAAGGCGACCUUUGAGAAAACGAAGUUGGACCCAGCGAAGAUUGAAGAUGUAUGCGUAGGAACAUGUCAUCCGCCGUCCCCAUUAUAUGUCUCAAGAGCCGCUGCUCUUGCUGCUGGUAUCCCUGCAGAAGUACCCAUCUCUACCGUAAACCGACUGUGUUCCUCUGGCCUGCAGUCCAUUCGGAGCAUUGCACAUGCUAUUCAGGCGGGUGAGAUAUCCCUCGGAGUAGCAGUUGGUGUAGAGAGCAUGACUCUCAAUCCUCGUCCAACACCGGAGGUGGUUGAAGCCGUCAGUUUCAACGCACAAGCCCAUGACUGUACUCAGCCCAUGGGGUGGACGUCUGAGAUGGUCGCUGAGACUUACGGCGUUAGCAGAGAAACGCAGGACCAAUACGCUCUCAUCUCCCACACCCGAGCAGAGAAGGCAUCCUCACAAGGCAUUUUUGCACAGGAAAUUAUACCGGUAGAAAUUCGUGGUCGCGUUAUUUCGGUGGACGAUACGAUACGCCCGGGUGUUACUUUGGAAUCACUAUCCAAGCUAAAGCCCGUGUUCCCAGAUUGGGGUAAUGCGACAACCACCGCUGGGAACGCAAGCGGUGUAGGUGACGGAGCAGCUAUUUGCAUACUGACCACAAGAGAACGGGCUGAGAAAGAUGGGAUGGAAAUUCUUGGCAAAUACGUUGCCAGUACUUUCAUCGGCGUUGAACCUCGUUACAUGGGGAUCGCGCCUGUGUUUGCUAUUCCCAAGAUACUGCAGCAAACUGGCCUCACUAAAGAGGAUGUGGAUGUCUUCGAGAUAAACGAGGCGUUCGCAUCGCAGUUCGCGUACUGCGUCGAACAACUAUCUAUCCCGAUGUCCAAAAUCAACCCCAACGGUGGUGCUAUCGCUUUGACGCACCCUCUUGGAAUGACUGGUGCCCGCCAGGUCGCGACCGGCCUUGCUGAACUUCGCCGUAGAGAUGCGAAGAUUCUUUGCACGAGUAUGUGUAUUGGAAGCGGGAUGGGUGGGGCCUCUAUCUUUGUCAAUGAAGCAUAUCCAUAGCGAGGCGGCUCUAACGAAAGGUGCACAAAAGAAGAACAGAGUGACAGUAGUUGAAUUCAGCAUUUAUACCACAAAGUUCCUCGUAACGGGACAGUUCAUGGAGGGUAUUUCAGGAAAUCUCAUGAUAUUGAAUUAUAUGACGAAGUGCUACAUCCAGGAGGGUGACAAUACAAAUGAGAAAUAACC